CAAAAUGGACGCUGCUAAUGAUAACUCUAGUAGGACUACAACAGUUCAACACAUAACCAAGAAGUCUUCAGAUGUUUUGCUAAGGAAAUUUGCAGAAAUGAGUGGUGACGACGACGAUGCUAACGAGGCUAAGAAAUUGGAGUUGGCAAGGGUGUUAAGAAGGAAGUCAAAAAGGAGGAGGACAAGAAGGGAUAUCGAAGGUGGCAACUCGUGCGAAAGUCCAUCGCACUAUAAUUCAAGUUCUACCUUAGUGGAGAGGAGGUCACUUCUUCCUCCAGUGACAAGAAAAUCUGCACUGCUGAGGCAACUUGGGAUUGGAAGGUCACAGCUUAAAGCAAGGGAUAUCAAGAACAAGUCAAUCUUGGCUUCCAUUAAAAAGACAUGGCGCAAGACUUUAGAGGGAGCCUCAAAAGUACUCUUAGAGAAGCAUUGCAGUAGACAUAGGCGUUUGAUCAACGAUCUGGUGUAGCCUGUGAUAAUACAUCAGCAAUAUUAUUCGUUUCCAUGUGGACAUAUAAUCAAACACAGAGAGAUCAGUUCAUGGGCCCUCCAAAAAUCACAGCAUGCUAACUCCACAAUCUCAAGAGUCUUCAAAAGUUCAUUUGUCCUUGUCAACUCUUCUUCGUUCGAUCCAUUGGCGAGUUCUUUGUUUCAAUCACGUGUGAAUAUAAGAGCUAACCAUCUCUAAUCUAUGAUUAUAUAAUAAGGUGUUUUUCUAAUUUAA